AUGGCUGAUCCCGGAAAGUGCUUGCUGGCGGCUGGACCUCCGGGUGUCGGAAAAAGCACCGUUGCUGAAAUCAAAUCUGAAGCUACAUUUAUCAGCAACAUUGUUGAGGAUAUCUUAGUCAAAGUACGUGGUGACACAUGUUUGAAUGUGGCCAAACACCCAGUUGGAAUACAAUCGUGCGUACAAGAGGUGAAAGAGCUUUUAGGUGUUGGUGGAAAUGAUCGUUGUGUGGUUGGGAUUUGGGGGAUAUCUGGAAUAGGCAAGACAACAAUUGCAAAAGCUGUUUAUAAUGCGAUUGCUCAUAAGUUUGAAGGUAGAUGUUUCUUGGCAGAUGUUAGAGAAGCAUCAACAUCACGUCAAGGCGUAAUCCAACUACAAAACACUCUUCUUUCUAAGGUUCUAUGCGGUACAGAGUUGAAAGUUGUCGAUGUUCAUGAAGGAAUCAGCCUUAUAAAGAAACUGUUGAGGGGAAAGAAGAUUCUCUUAAUUCUUGAUGAUGUGGAUCGAUUGGAGCAGUUAAACAACUUGGUUGAAGUUGAUAAGUUCGGUGAGGGUAGCAGAGUGAUCAUAACCUCAAAAAAUAGAGGAUUGCUGGAAUCUUAUGGAGUUGAGUUGAUAUAUGAGGUCCAAAAGCUAAUGGAUGACAAGGCUCUUGAGCUUUUAAGUUUGAACGCCUUCGGAAUAAAUGAACCUCCAGAUGAUUAUUUAAUACUUGCACGUCGUGCAAUAGCUUAUGCUCAAGGCCUUCCGUUAGCUCUUAAUUUGAUAGGUUCUCAUCUGCGUAAGAAAAGUAUAGAUCGCUGGAAAGCUAUAUUGGAUAGUUAUGAUUCUUACGUAAGAGAACCUUAUACAGAUAUUCAAAGAAUACUUCAAAAAAGUUAUGAUGCCUGGGAUAAUGUUGUGCAACAAGUUUUCCUAGACAUUGCAUGUUUCUUUAAGGGUAACCAUAAAGACUACGUGUUACAGAUAUUAAAAAGUUCGAAGCUCAAUGUACCUCAAGAUUGUAUUGAAGUACUCGUUGAGAAUGCCAUCAUAACUAUUGAAGAUAAUAUGAUUUUGAUGCAUGACUUGCUAGAAAAAAUGGGUAAGCGUAUAGUUUACGAAGAAUCUCCCACUGAACCAGGGAAACGUAGCAGGUUGUGGUUUCAUGAAGAUGUGUACCAUGUUCUAACUGAAAAUCAAGGAACAAAGAAAAUUAAAGGCAUUGUGGUGGAGCUGCCCGAACCAGAUGUGAUAACUUUGAAUGUAGGAAGCUUCUCGCAGAUGGUAAAUCUUGAAAUUUUUAUAUACCGUAAUGCACGCUUUUUUGGACACGUUGAUUAUCUGCCCAAUGAUUUGAGGUGGAUUGAAUUGAGUGGACGAUCCAAUAUUCAUCGAGAGCAUACGGUUGUGUUCAAUUUGCCAUCUAAUUAUAAUCCAAGGCAUCUUGUUAUGUUUGAUAUAUCAUAUAGUGGCAUCAGGCAACUAAAGGGAUUUAAGAAUUCAGCAAAGCUUACAUCUAUGAAUUUAAGUGGUUGCAAAUUCUUGGAAAAAAUCCCCGACUUCUCCGGAAUCCCAAACCUAAAGCACUUGGACUUAAGUGAAUGUAAAAGUUUGGUUGAGGUUGAUGAUUCUGUUGGAUUCCUUGAUAAACUUGUCGAAAUGGAUCUUAGUGGGUGCUCUAGGCUUACGAGGUUUGUAACAAGACUUGGAUUGAGAUCCCUUAAAAAGCUCUCUCUUUGUGGUUGCACAAGGCUUGAGACUUUCCCAGUAAUAGAGAACAAGAUGAAAUCCCUAUGGCGUUUGGACAUAAAAAGAAGUGGCAUAAGAGAAUUGCCUUCAUCAAUUGCUUAUCUUACUGGGCUUGAAAGCUUGGAAGCACGUGGUUGUGAGAACCUUACAAAUGUGUACAUAUGUGGAUGUCCAAAUCUGACCACAGCUGAUUUGGAUAUUUUAGAUGACAAGUGUAUCACAAUAGCCCUUUCCAACCUAUACUAUCUUGAUUUUAGAGGAUGCAAUCUUUCAGAAAGUAAUUUUCUUGUGCCUCUUGAUUGCUAUUCCAGAUUAAAAUUUCUUGAUCUGUCGAGAAACAAUUUUGUUUGUCUUCCGGAUUGCAUUAGCCAAUUUUCCAUCUUGGAGGAACUUUCUUUGAGUGGUUGCAAGAGGCUUCGGGAAAUUCCACAAGUCCUUCCACCAAUACUAAAGCACUUGUAUCUCGAUGAUUGCACAUCUUUGGAGAAAAUGUCAAAAUUGCCCCCAAUGCUUAAGCGUCUGGACUUGCGCAAUUGCUUUGGACUAAGUGGCGAUGAGGUUGCAAAGUUGGAAAACAAUUUGUUGUUGAAUCAGGAAUCUCUUCGGUGCUCUAAAUUGGAAAUUGUUCUUCCGGGCAAUGAAGUUCCAAAGUGGUUCAGAUAUUUUUCCUUUGAAGAGCCAACAACAUUUGAAUUUUGUUUUGAAAUUCCUCUAAAUUUACAAGGGGAUAUGUUGUCAGGAUUGGCUCUAUCUUUUGUUCUUGAACCACCAAUUGAUCAUCCUCAUUAUAUUUCCAUCAGCGGAAUACCACAGUUUAAAAAAAAAGUUUUCUGGUAUGGCAAGGACAUGAAGGCAGCUCAUGUGUGGCUCAUGUUAGUGGAUUUAGACGAGCACAAGCAGCAGGGAGAUAUUUGUCAAGUUAUAUUUUGUUUCCAGAAAGGCACAUGCAUUAAAAGCUGCGGGGUGCACCCCUUACUAGACGAGUGGUUGUAAUAUAAGGCUAGCCGACAUUCACCUCUUCCAGACCCUGCGUAAAGCGGGACCCUUGUGCACUGGGUACGACCUUUUUUAGACAACCAAGACGAACAGCUUCCCUUGUCUUUGGGACCAACGAGUAGUCUUGGGAAGAGGCCUCGUCCAUAUGGAUCCUUAGAUAUCAUCGAUGAUGAAUAUGAUCAUCAGCAAUAACAGCUUUCCUUAUCUUUGAAGCCAGCGGAUGAUCAUCCGAAGCGCAGGCAGAUUGAUCUCAAUGUUCCUAUUCAUAUUGAGGAGGAGGAGCAACGGCAACCGUCCACUUCAGAUGAUCUACAAUUUCUGAUAUAUUAGGAGUUUGUGUACGCACAUAUACAUAAAUUAAUGUAUGAGUUCGUUUGCACUUUUCUAAUCUUUAAAACUAAGAGGCCGUUUAAUGACCAUUUCAGGUUCUAGUUUCCAUUUUUUAAAACUAAUAACCGAGAACUCGUUUGGUAA